AUGGGUAAAAAAGCACCACCGAGAUGGGAUUUCAGAGAUGUCUCUUCAGGGAUACAGAGGAUACGUAAUUUUUUACUUGGUCGCAAAUAUGUAUACCACAAUCGUUUUCCGCCAUUAAUAUCACCAAGAUCAAUUCCUACUCCGGACAUUCCUCGAGGGCCGGACUAUAAACUCGCUAACCAGGCGUAUAGCAACCGCAAUGUCCUGAAUUCCGUAAAACCUCCCGUUGUAGCGCCAGUCGCUGAAGGAAAAGUACUUCGCAAACCUAAAGAUGGAAGAGCGAAUAAAAUAAGAGUCGGUCCUAAACUCUCAAGCUCAGACGCUAUUGAAUUUUCUUGCCCGCCACUCAUAGGGCCCGUAUGGUGGUUUGACUCUCAUUCCUAUUACAAAGACGUAUGUGUAUCACCUUGUGGAAGUCCUGCAAGUUCGUCACCUCCUUCCCCUCCUGCGCCUCCUUGCCCGUCCCCCUGCUCGAGCUCGGAGAAAAAGGCUCCCUGCCCCGAAGAAUCAACUACUCUAGAAAAGCCGUGUCCUGUUCCGAGGUCGGAUCCAUGUGCUGAAAAGCCACCUUGUGAAUUGUCGCCUUGCGAUCCUCCGGAUGACAAGCCGCCGCCGCCGCCGCCUCCACCUAAGAUUUGUGAUCCGUGCAAACCUAAAAGUGGUGGAAGGAGGAAAAGGAGGAAGUAA